CGAGUGGGGAUCGGUCCUGCGAGUAGGUAGACACCCUUCCCUCUGGAGUUAUGUGUAUCACGAUCCACUAUAAAAGCACCCAGCCGCCGCAAACCCAUGUCAAAUUCACUCCAACACCUCAACAAUGAAGAUUACCUGUCUGCUGUGCACCUGCCUGCUGAGCGUGGCUUCGGCCCAGUUCAACCGACGGCCCGUGGCCCCCGCCGGCCCCAUCUACCGCUCGCCCGAAGCCAGCGCCGCCAUCCUCACCUACAACAACGACCACGGCUUCAACGGCGACUACAGAUACGGAUACUCGACGAGCAACGGAAUCCAGGCCCAGGAGCAGGGCUACCUGAAGAACCCCGGCACGAACGUGGAGGCGCAGGUGGCGCAGGGAUCGUACUCGUACACCGGCCCUGACGGCAUCCUGUACACGGUGACGUACAUCGCCGACGAGAACGGCUUCAGGGCGGAGGGCGCGCACCUGCCCACCCCGCCACCCCUGCCCGCGCACGCCCUCGAGCAGAUCAGGUUCGCGCAGCAGCAGCAGGCCGCCGGCGCCAACCGUUUCAGCGGUUGACCCUGAGCACUUCUUUCUUAUGUACCUACUUCGUAGAAAAGCGAAUCAAAAAUAAAUGCAAAAAUUGUGUUUUCAAUAAAA